CGGCCGGGCCCUGCCCAGCCCUCACCUUUUCCUCUCGGUUGCGCAGAUUGACGAGAUGCCAGAAGCCGCGGUGAAGUCGUCCUCCAACAAAUACCAAGUCUUCUUCUUCGGGACCCACGAAACGGCGUUCCUGGGGCCCAAAGACCUCUUCCCCUAUGAAGAAUGCAAGGAGAAGUUUGGGAAACCCAACAAAAGGAAAGGGUUCAGCGAAGGUUUGUGGGAGAUCGAGAACAACCCAACCGUCAAAGCCUCCGGGUACCAGCCCACCCCCAAGAAGACCUGCCCCGAGGAUGCCGAGCCGGAGCGGGAGCCGGAGGGUGACGGGGAGAAGAAAGGCAACGCGGAGGGCAGCAGCGACGAGGAGGGGAAGCUGGUGAUCGACGAGCAGUCCAAGGAGAAGAACGAGAAAGCCGGGAUCAAGAGGAAAGCAGAAGAUGCUUUGGAGGAUUCCCCCAAACGCACCAAGGAGGCGGAGGGGCAGGAAGGGGAGAAGAAGGUCGACAACGAAGAGGCCCCCAAGGAGGAGCCGAAGCCCAACCCAGCCGAAGGCGAGAAGGAGAAGAACAGCGACGCCGCUGGCGUGCCGGACGCCAACGAAGCCAAGCAGGAGGGCAAGGACAAGGCGGAGGAGGUCAGAGACCACAAGGAGAGUCCGUAGCGGCCUCCCCGGCGAGCUGAUCUCCCGCCUGCCCCUUCCCCGCUGGGCUCCCUGGGUGCUGCCCCGUCUCGCCCUCGUCGGCUCGUCACGUCCGCGGCUCCGGAAACAAACCGAAAACAAAAAAAAAAAUGAAAUUUAAAAAAAAAAAAAGAGAAAUGAAGAGAAACCCGGUAACGAUAACCCCUGAACCGACCCGCAUCUCCUGGCCCCGCCGUCGCAGGGCGCAUGCUUUGUAUUAGUGAUUUCUAGGGGGCUGAUCAGUUGAUUUGAAAUAAAAGCGAUUCAUGCCUUUUUAAA